AUGAUGGGUCGAGGUACGUUUGGGGCCGUUUAUCGAAUUAGAACUAGGGACAAUCUGGAAUUGGCUCUGAAGAGUCAAGAGCUUGAUGACAGUUUCAUAUCACGAGAGUUGGAUAUUUUCAAGCUUCUCGAUCAUCCGAAUGUGGUGAAACUGAGAUUCUACAGUCAGAGCGGUGAUAGACUGGAUCUCUUCAUGGAAUACAUUCAGGACACUCUACAUCGCGUCAUAGCGAUUUUCCGCAAACGGAGCAAGUCAAUACCACCUGUAUUGAUCAAGGUUGUUUUCCACCAGGUGUUGCGAGGUUUGAAGUAUUUACAUCGGCGCGGUAUCGCGCAUCGAGAUCUCAAGCCGGGGAAUCUGCUUGUUGACCUAGAACUCGGCAUCACGAAGCUCUGCGACUUCGGGUCUGCGAAGAUAUUAAAGAAGGACGAGACGCAUAUUGCGUACAUAUGCUCCAGACAUUACAGGGCUCCGGAGCUUGUUAUGGGAAGUCACAACUACACUACCAAAGUCGACAAUUGGGCAGCCGGUCUGAUUCUCGCAGAAAUGUACGCACAGCUACCCGUUUUCAGCGGUGAAUCCAAUCUGGACCAACUGACCGAGAUGAUCCGCAUUCUCGGCACUCCGACGGACGGAGAGAUAAGGGCCCUGCUCCCCGGAUUCCCGUCGGAACUACCGUUGAAAAAAGCGAGACCGUGGUCGGAGGUGCUGCAGAAUAGGGCCGAGGAUGAUGCCGUGUCUCUCGUUUCGAUGCUCGUCCGGUACAAUCCAUCUGAAAGAUUGGACGCUUGGGAAGCAUUGUCGCAUGACUUUUUCAAACAAAUCCGGGAUCGAAACUGUCGACUGCCGACUGGGAAACCGCUGCCAAAGCUUGACGAUUUCACCGACGAAGAGUUGAACGACUUCCCAGAUUUGAAGAAACUCUUCCGCUGA